AUGACACCUCGCCUGAGUUUCCUGGCCGCCUUCUUCCGAGUUGUCGACGGCCGGACUCUGCCAGCAAAGAACGAGCUGGCAAAUGCGUGCUACUUCACGUACCGUGUCGGAUAUGUGAUUUGCGACACCAGCUUGGGCCCAGCCGAAGCCCAGAAAGAGAUGGAGGCUGGUCGCUGCAACGAAGAUUUCCGGUUGAUGGGCUCUGACUUUCAACGCUUGGUGACCAGCCACUUUGUCGAAGGAGCACGGCCUCCGUUCGAAGAGGCCAUGUGGCUUCUGACCUCGCCCGACCAUUUCCAGAGCCGCACGCUGUCCGAAU